AUGUUCAACUAUGAAAAAUCCUCCUUUAAACAUCCAGAUUCGCAUGUAGUUCCGCCACGAUCCUUCACAGAUUCCCCGGCUCCAGCACACCAUACACCAGCCCAGCUCUUAGUGCAGGCACAAGAAAAGCAGACACGCGAGAACACAUGCAAAAUCUACUUUGAUCCGGCUCAUUACACCGUAUUGGAGAACAUCGGAAGCUUUGAUGUCGUUGUUGGAAGAGAUGGUGGCCCAGAUGGUCUUACCGUCAUGGUCGACUACUAUACCGAAGAUGGUACUGCAAAUGCUGGAUCUGACUAUGUUCCGGUUAAAGGAACCCUUACCUUCUACCCUGAUGACAAAUUCCAGAAAAUCGCCAUCGAAAUCGUUGAUGACGAUGUUUUCGAAGAAGAUGAGCAUUUCUAUCUGCAUCUAAGAAAUCUUCGUGUUCGCACCAAGGAUGGCCUCAUCCUUGACCCAUCCAGAAUUGGUGGAUUACCCGUGGCCCAGCUGGAAAUGCCAGCUACCGCUACUAUCAUGAUCCUUGAACAUCAGACGGAACUGCCAUGGGAGACAAGCAUUAUGAAACCAAGGAAGGAGAAGUGA